AGAAAAUCCGUAUAAUUUUUUUACUCCAGAUUCCUUGCCUAUGGCGCAUUAUUCCGAAGAACAUGGGACGCCAUCGUCAAGUGCAACGCGCAGACCCCCCAUGCAGCGUCUAAGAGUCGCGUGUGAUGAGUGCCGGCGUCGCAAGCUGCGUUGCGAUGGGCAGCAGCCGCAAUGCGGACUCUGUCAGGAGACGGGAAUCCUAUGCGAGGUGACGCAGCGUGGUGUCCGAGGGCCGAAGAAAGGGCACCUAAAGGCCCUGAAGAAUCGUCUAGUGCACCUGGAGGCUAUGUUGGAGGAUCGUUUAUUGGCUCAUCAGCAACAAGAGGAUCUUCAUGGUAAUGCCCCGGACACCAACGAGGCAACACUCUCGGCAUCGCCAGGAGGCGUGGCGGAGAUCGCCGUGAUUGAUACAACAGAGGUACAUCUACCACAGGCAACGGCGGAGUCUCAGGUGUUCGUGCCAGCUGCUCUGACGCCUCUGUCCAAUGGACGGUCAUUUUCGUCGACAUUGGCCGCUUCCAACAUCUGUAUCCCUCCGACGGAUAUCUUGCACGCUGAAUUAGAUCAACUCUAUUUGGACCGCGUGCAUCCAUCAAUACCAAUUCUUCAUCAACGGCGGUAUUUGUCGUGGUCUAAAUCCAGUAUCAAAACGGAGUCGAGUAGGUGUUUGCAAUACGCUAUGUGGUCGCUAGCCUCGCUGCUUUCGGCUCAAUUUUACGAUAUGGUAGAGCCCCUUUACCAAGAGACGAAGGGGAUGCUAGAGCGUCUCAGUGUCGAGCCAAAUGAGCAUAGCGGUGCCGGCGCGGAGUUGGCCCAAGCAUGGGUGCUAUUAGUAACAUUUGAGUCAAUGCGCGCCUAUCACCGACAAGCCUGGAUGAGCGCUGGCCGGGCUUUUCGCUUGGUGCAGGCAAUGCGGUAUCAUGACAUCGAUAGUCCUAUUCACAGACGCGGUUCAUAUUCUCCUCAGUGUGGUGAUUUGAUUGGGGUUGAAGAGAAACGCCGGGUGUUCUGGAUGGCUUAUUUUCUGGACCAUGUAAUCAGCAUGCGCGAUGACUGGCCUAUCACACUGAAUGAACAUGUGAUUUGCACUCGAUUACCAGCACCAGAUGCCGAAUUCCAGACUGGGCAUUAUGAGCUAGGGCCUUUCCUAUCCGAAGCCAUGACCGACCCUAACCUCAAAGUGCGGUCUUCAUUCAAUGAGUGUCUUAUAUUGACUACCAUUUGUGGACGUAGCCUACUUCAAAGCCAGAGGCACAACAUCUCCAAGGCCUACGGAGAUAUGGUACUAGACUGUGCAGAGCAACGUCAGUGGUUGGAUGGCCUACUGACAGAGAGACUCGAUAUCUUGUCUCAAUGCUAUCCCUCGCCAAUUGAAUCUUAUGAUCCUUUGCUGUUGUUUGUUCAUAUCUUAGGUCAGGCCACGGUUGUAUACUUCUGCAAAGCUAUGAUAGAAUCAGCAGCUAUAGCUGUCGACCCGUUGAAUAAAAGUUGCGAACUUUCCAAUUACCAAAACAGAGCUUUAGAAGCGUCUUCGACUAUCAUUUAUUUUGCCACGACGCUGCGCGAGCUACCCGUCUCGAAGAUCCAUCCCUUGAUGCCUAUUCCCUUAUUCUUCUGCGCCGAGUUCCUCUACCACAAUAUGCAUCGUGGCGAACCUUUUCAGUUGCGACUCCAGGAGCUAUUCCACAUAUUCCGCGAGCUGAAGAAUGUUAACAGUCACGAAAAAAGCUAUUUAGAUUUGCUGCCACAGUCGUGCAUUUCUAAAACCAACGAGUUGUUCAAUCACAUUUCGAGAUGACUAUUCUGUACAAGUGGUCAGUAAUACUUCGCGCUUAAUUGACUACUUGCACCGAGACGGAAGUUUUUCUUUCCACGAACAGAUACAAAAUAGCGGUCAUGACCACAAACCAUAUAAUUACUUCCUUUUCCCUUUACGGUCAUAGUUUUUUGCUAAGGAGUAAGUAAGGCUAACCUACGCAAUCAUAUACUUGCUCAUCUCCGGUGCGAUAAUCCUUGCUCCCCCGUUGGCACAAACUUUCCUCUCCCCUUGUUUAACUUACUCAACAGGUUGCUACUUUUAAUUCGGAUUUAUUUAUUAAACACUUGAUGAGCAUGUAAAUUUGAU